CCGCGGCGGCCUCUGGCCGGGUCCUCCCUGCUCUGUGACGCAGCCAGCGCAGAGGUAGCGUGGGCCGCGCUCCCAGGGUGCGCCCGGCCUUUCCCUCUCCGUCCCAGACCUGGUAGCCUCGCGGCCCGUGGACGAUGGCGCUGAGGCAUCUGGCGUGGGCGCUCCCACGCGGGGUCUCUGCCUGCCGACCGCGGCUCGCACUGCCCCACCGCCUCGCCCGCUGCUUCGCUAGCAACCGCUGCGGGCGCGUCUACUUCUACAAGGACCCCGUGGAGGCGCUGGAGGGCAUCAAUGACGAGGCGACCGUCAUGCUCGGGGGCUUCGGGCUCUGCGGCAUCCCCGAGAACCUGAUCGCCGCGCUGAGGACGAAGGGCGUCAAGGACCUGAAGAUCGUCAGCAGCAACGUGGGCGUGGAGGACUUCGGCCUGGGCAUCCUGCUGGCCUCCAAUCAGGUCAAGCGCGUGGUGUGCUCGUACCUGGGGGAGAACUCGCUCUGCGAGAAGUUGUACCUGAACGGCGAGCUGGACCUGGAGAUGACGCCUCAGGGCACGCUGGCCGAGCGCAUCCGCGCGGGGGGCGCGGGCUUGCCCGCCUUCUACACGCCCACGGGCUACGGCACGCUGGUGCAGGAAGGGGGCGCCCCGAUCCGGUACUCGCCCGACGGCCACCUGGUCACCCUGAGCCAGCCGCGGGAGGUGCGCGAGUUCAAGGGCCGCCACUACCUGCUGGAGCACGCCAUCCGCGCCGACUUCGCCCUGGUCAAGGGCUGGAAGGCCGACCGCUCGGGCAACGUGAUCUUCCGGGGCAGCGCGCGCAACUUCAACGUGCCCAUGUGCAAGGCCGCGGACGUCUCCGUGGUGGAGGUGGAGGAGAUCGUGGACGUGGGCUCCUUCCACCCGGAGGACAUCCACAUCCCCAACAUCUACGUGGACCGCGUGAUCCAGGGCCCCAAGUACGAGAAGCGCAUCGAACGCCUGACCACGCGCGACAGCCAGGACGCGCCCGGGCUCAAGCAGGACAGCCCCAGGACGCGCAUCAUCAAGCGCGCGGCUCUCGAGUUCGAGGACGGCAUGUACGCCAACCUGGGCAUCGGCAUCCCCGUCCUGGCCAGCAACUACAUCAGUCCCAAGAUGACGGUCUACCUGCAGAGCGAAAACGGCAUCCUGGGCCUGGGCCCCUUCCCCAUGAAGAACGAAGUGGACGCCGACAUCAUCAACGCGGGCAAGCAGACGGUGACGGUGAUUCCCGGGGGCUGCUUCUUCUCCAGCGACGACUCCUUCGCCAUGAUCCGCGGGGGACACAUCCAGCUCACCAUGCUCGGCGCCAUGCAGGUCUCCCAGUACGGAGACCUGGCUAACUGGAUGGUGCCUGGCAAGAAGGUGAAGGGCAUGGGCGGGGCCAUGGACUUGGUGUCCGGCGACAAGACCAAAGUGGUGGUCACGAUGGAACACUGCACCAAGAACAAGGAGCCCAAAAUCCUGGCUAAAUGCACCAUGCCCCUGACCGGCAAACGCUGCGUGGACCUCAUCAUCACCGAGAAGGCCGUGUUUAAAGUGGACCGGAAGAAGGGGCUGACGCUGGUGGAGAUGUGGGAGGGCUCCUCGAUGGAGGAGAUCAAGGCCACGACAGCCUGCUCCUUCAACGUGUGCCCCAACCUCAAGCCCAUGCAGCAGAUCCAAACUGACGCUUGAGGAGCCCUGGCCCCUCCCACCCGGGCUGGACAUCCUGAGCAGAG